CCAAUGAAAGAAGACGCCAUUUUUGACUUAUCUCAGCACUUAAAAAAUAUUUUUGAGACUGCUAGAGCUUUUUUUUCACUCAAGAAAAGUCAGCAACCUCCAUCUUUGCUUUGUUUUGCUUUUGCUUCGCUUUGCUUUGCUUUUGCUUCUGAUCUGUUGGUUUUUUUCCUCCUGUAAUCGGAAACAAUGCCUGUAGCAGAGAUCUUUCUCUCUGCCUCAGUCAAAUUGCUGUUUGAGAAGAUGUCCUCUUUUGCCUCCUCCAAAUUACCCUCCUUUGAAGGUGUUGAUACCCAGCUCACCAAUUGGACCAAUAUGCUGUCUCAAAUUCAAGCUCUUCUGAUUGACGCGGAGGAGAAGCAAAUGCAACAUCUAGCCGUGAACCUGUGGCUCGACGAUCUCGAGGAUCUAGCAUAUGAUUUGGAUGAUUUAGUGGAUGAGUUCGCCACCGAAGCUUUGCAACACAAGCUAAAGGCAAAGCCGCCCCAAGCUAGUUCGAGCAAGGUAUGGAACCUCAUCCCUCAUUUCAAGCCAAGAGAUGUUAUGUUUAAUUUCAAAAUGAAGUCCAAGAUUGAGGAGAUCAAUACUAGAUUGCACAAUAGUUUUCAACAAUGUUUGAAACUUAAUUUGGUUAAGAUUGUUGGACCCCCCACACCUACUAAGACUUGGCAAAGACCAGACUCUACAUCUAUAAUUGAUGAUCCUCGUGUUUGCGGUGUUUACGGCCGAGAACACGAUCAGAGUAGGAUAAUUGAGUUGCUCGUAAAGGGGGAUGUAUCAAAUCAUAGCAACGUUGGCAUAAUUCCCAUAGUGGGUAUGGGUGGGAUUGGCAAGACCACCCUGGCUCAGAUGGUAUACAAUGAUGAAACCGUGAAGAAGCAUUUCGAUUUGAAAGCCUGGGUCUGUGUGUCAGAUGAGUUCAACAUUAUGAGAAUAACAAAAUUAAUUCUCGAGUCAGUGACUGCCCAGACAUGUAAUUUUAAUGGCUUGGAUCAAGUUCAAGUUCAACUGCAGAAGGCUUUGGCUGGAAGGAAGUUCUUAAUUGUUUUAGACGAUGUCUGGAACAAAAAAUACAGUGACUGGAAUGUUUUGAAAAAACCUUUCAGUGAUGGAGCCCAAGGGAGUAAAGUUGUGGUGACUACACGUAACAGAGAUGUUGCAAGAACUAUGGGAGCUGUUGAACUUCAUGACAUUGAGGUCCUAUCAAAGGAAGAUUGUUGGUUGUUGUUUGCACAACAUGCCUUCGAGCAUAGAAGUAUUGAUGCAAAUCCAAAUUUGGUAUCAAUAGGUAAGGAAAUUGUGAAGAAAUGCAAAGGUUUGCCUCUGGCUGCUAAGACACUCGGUGGCCUUUUACUUGGCAAAGAACGAGAUGAGGAAUGGGUAGAUGUAUUGUGUAAUAAAAUAUGGGAUUUAUCACACGAAGACAGUGACAUUCUUCUAGCUUUAAGAUUAAGUUAUCAUCAUCUCCCUUCACAUUUGAAGCAGUGUUUUGCAUACUGCUCAAUAAUACCCAAGGACUAUGAAUUUGAGGAAGAGGAGAUAGUAUUGUUAUGGAUGGCAGAGGGUUUCAUUCCGCCAAAAAAAGAGAAACAAAUGGAAGAUAUAGGAGGUAAGUACUUUCGAGAAUUGUUGUCAAGGUCUUUUUUCCAGCCAUCAAGUACCAAUAAAAGCUCUAAAUUUGUGAUGCACGACCUCAUCAAUGAUUUGGCUCAAGUAGUUGCAAGAGAUACUUGUUUUAGAUUAGAGGAUAGAUUGAAAUAUCAAGAGCAGUGCAAAAAUAUAAAGAAAGCUCGACAUUCAUCUUACAUGCAGGAGUACCAUGAGGGUAUGAAAAAAUUUGAGAUCUUUGACAAAGCCACGCAUUUACGAACCUUCUUACCAUUUUUCUUAGAAUCUGAUGCAGAUUUUUAUUUGGCAAGCAAUGUUCCCCGUAAUCUAUUGCCGAAGCUAAAACGCUUGAGGGUGCUCAAUAUGAGUAGAUAUUGCAUCACAGAAGUUCCAAAUUCUGUUGGAGAUUUGAAACAUCUGCGGUAUCUUAACCUAUCCCACACCUCCAUUGAAGAAUUACCUAAAUCACUAGGCUCUCUCUACAAUCUACAAACAUUGAUGUUAAGAGAAUGUGGAAAACUGAAAAAGUUGCCAACAGACUUGGGAAACCUAAUUGAUCUACGUCAUCUUGAUAUUACAAAUGCACAUUCCUUAGAAGAAAUGCCACAGGGAAUAGGUAAGUUGGUUAAUCUUCAUACAUUGUCCAAUUUUAUUGUUACUAAAAACAAUGGGCUUGGGAUAAGAGAGUUGGGAAACUUAAUUUAUCUUCAGGGGACGCUUUGCCUAUCUGGGUUACAGAACGUGGUGGUUCCAUUAGAUGCAAGGGAGGCGAAUUUAAAUGUUAAGAAGGGGUUAGAUGUGUUAUCAAUGGAAUGGAGUGUUAACUCAGAUGAUUCACGAGAUGGAAGAGUUGAAACAGAAGUGCUUGACAUGCUACAACCUCACAAGAAUUUAAAAGAGCUCCAUAUCAAAGGCUACCUUGGUACAGGAUUUCCGACUUGGAUAGGAGAUCCUCUGUUCUCCAAUAUGGCUUACCUAAGUUUAGAAAAUUGUGGAAAUUGUGCAUCCUUGCCACCACUCGGACAACUACCCUCCCUCAAAAAGCUUUACAUUAAAGGAAUGAGUGUACUAAAGCAUGUCGGUUGUGAGUUCUACGGGCAAGGUGGUGUUCAACCU